CAUCGUAUUAUAUAUGAUAUAUACGCUUUGUAUUUGUGUGAAUGAAGGGCAAUGAGUCAUUUGCGACCGGCGUGUGUCAAUGUUUGACUGGCGAGGGUGCAAACGCAGACGUUCGCUUGUGCAAACAGGUGACGGUCGGGCCAUCGCAGAAGGAUUUCCGCCGACGCACUUCUUUUUCUCUGUGUAACCACGCUGGUGCGAAUGGGAACUCAGUCACUCGAGAUUCCCUGCGAGAAUUUCCCAGUCGUUUUCCCCCCCGAUCCCUUCGCAACGGAAACGAGACGCGAGUGCGCCUCGAAAACGUGCCAAAAAGGACCAAACGUGCGACGCGAUCCGUCCCGGUGCGAGCUCUACGCUCACCAUUUCAGGCGAGAGGCGGGAUGUCGCGGCCUCGAUCGGGGAACGAGGGAGGGGUGGCGUCGAUGAGGACGGACGACGAGAAGGCGAGGAGUUCGUCGUUCGCGGGGGGGCAGACGAGACUCGGGGGGCUCACCGUGACGACGGAUCUGACGUAUUCGCAUCGGACCUUGGACGAGGAGGUUCAUCUGCGGAGUCACGAAGAGAUGACUUUCCCGGCGCGAGAAGUUGAUGAAGUCGACACGCGGCCGUCGAUGGAGAUCCCCGAGACCUUUCCGAUGUCGAGGAGAGAAGAAGGCGAUGGCGAGGAGUCUGCCGAUGUGGUGGGGGCUGGACGGGCUUUCCCGCUGAGUCUGUCGGGUGUCAAUGGGUCUGAUGGAGGGGCCGACGGCGAUCACCCGGAUGCCAAGUCCGAUGCCAAGGGAUCGCAUUCUGCAGGCCCCUAUGAUCGUGCAAGCACGAUGUGGAGUCAGCCUUCCGGUCCCAUCAAGGUCGGAGUGUCGAGGCAAGCCCGGGACUACAAGAUGAAUCAUCCGCAAAGAGGCAAAGCCCUGGUGUUCAACAACAAAGUCUUCCACAGGGACCUGGAUCUGAGCGUGCGAAACGGCACGGACCAGGACCGGGAUCGCCUGGUUCACACUCUCGGCCUUCUCGGCUUCGAGAUCCACGUCUUCAACGACAAAGCCUUCAAGCAGAUCAGAGAAAUUAUUGAUAAUGUCGCCAUGGAGAAUCAUCAGCACUAUGACUGCCUUGCUGUGUGCUUCCUGAGUCACGGAGAAAACGGCUUGCUUUAUGCAUACGACCAACCGUUCAAGCCUGACCGCAUUUGGGGAGCGUUCACUGCUGAUGUUUGUCCUACCUUGGCUGGGAAACCCAAGCUGUUUUUUGUUCAGGCGUGUCAAGGAAAAGGUCUGGACGAAGGAGUGACCUUGAUGAGCAACAGGACCGAGACGGACUCCAGACACGAUACGGAUUCGUACAGGAUUCCCAUCCAUGCAGACUUUCUGAUCACAUACUCCACUGUCCCAGGCUUCUUUUCCUGGCGAAACACAAGCUGUGGGUCCUGGUUCAUCCAGGCCCUGUGCGAUGUUCUUCUGAAACACUCGCGUGAUGAAGAUUUGCUGACCAUGAUGACAGAGGUGUCACGUCAAGUGGCAUUCGACUAUGAGUCCAACGUCCCCGGGAAUGCAACGAUGCACCGGAAGAAGCAGGUUCCCUUCCUCACGAGCACCCUCACCCGUCGGGUUUUCUUCAACCCCGUGCAGAGGGGUUCCAUCACCCCUUCUGGCAUGGCUUAAAAUUCCCCCCACCAUAGGGCAAAGUGUUUUUGGAUUGACCUCCCCUGCCCCUGGUAUUGGAGUUGUUGUUUAUUUUGGCGACAGUUGGCAAUGCCUCAUGAGCUACAUUCUGAAACAGAAAGCAAACUAUUGGCAAGACCCACCCCCCCCCCCU